GGUGAAGCAAAUAGGGGCAAAGACUAUUUGACCCCAUCACCCCAAUACCGAUUCCAAUAUAAAAGCAACCAAUCCAAUACACGUGACACAGACGCAUCUUAUCGAACCUAUAUCACACACACUAACUAGGGUUUCGUCUUCUUCAUCUUUUUCAUUCCAUUCCAUUCCAAUCCAAAAUUCCAAUGGCCGACGAAUCCCAAUACGACGCAACUCCACCUUCUCUCAAACGCAAGUACGAUGAACAACCUCCUCACUCCAGACCCACCGGUUUCUCCGACGGACCUCCUCCUCCUUCCUACAACAACGUCCCUCCUCCCUCCACCACCGAAUUCGAACUCAUCAAACAACGCGCUCAAGAAGUCGCCGCUCGUCUCCUCGGCAACGCUGCUCCUCCUUCCGAUAUCGCUAAACGUACCAAAUUCGAUAACGGUCCUCCUCCCUCUUACGAUUCAUCUGAUUUGAAAAGUCAAUAUUCAGCUCCAAUGAGUAUACCUUCGUAUACACAUCAAGGUUCGAGUAAGAAAAUUGAAAUCCCUAAUGGGAGGGUUGGUGUUAUCAUUGGAAAAGCUGGAGAAACUAUCAAGUAUCUUCAGUUACAAUCUGGUGCUAAAAUUCAAGUCACUCGUGAUAUGGAUGCUGAUCCUAAUUCUCCUAAUAGACUGGUUGAGCUUACGGGUACUGCUGAUGCUAUUGCUACUGCUGAGAAACUCAUCAAUGAUGUUCUUGCUGAGGCUGAAUCUGGAGGUAAUGGCCUUGUUACCCGACGAAUGGGUGGACAAGGUGGCGCUGAUGAGUUUUCAAUGAAGAUCCCAAAUAACAAGGUUGGCCUUAUAAUUGGUAAAGGUGGAGAAACCAUAAAGAAUAUGCAAGCUACGACUGGAUCAAGAAUUCAGGUGAUUCCUCUUCAUCUCCCGCCAGGUGACACAUCCACCGAAAGAACAUUAAAAAUUGAAGGGACCUCUGAACAAAUUGAAUCUGCAAAACAACUGGUCGAUUCAAUCCUCAGUGGCGAGAAUCGUCUUAGAAAUCCAUCAAUGUCUGGUGGAUACUCUCAGCAAGGUUACCAAGCUCGGCCACCAUCUAGUUGGGCUCCUCCUGCUGCUUCAAUGCAACAACCUGGUUAUGGCUAUGUGCAACCGGGAGCAUACUCUGGUCCAUCACCACAGUAUAAUGUGCCCCAGCAACCAUAUGCAGGUUAUCCUCCUCAGUCAGCUGGUGGAUAUUCUACCAAUUGGGACCAGUCCACUGCAACUACACAGCAGGCUGCUCAUGCUGGGUAUGAUUACUAUAGUCAACAGGCUCAGCAACAGCAGAAUCCUGGUGGUCCUGCUCCUCCAGCUGAUGGGACUGCUUAUAAUUACAGUCAACAACCUUCCUCUGGUUAUAACCAAUCGGGACAGGGCUAUGGUCAGGAUGGCUAUGGUGCAUAUCAACAACCACCACAAUCAGGGUAUGGUCAGCCAACAUCAUAUGAUCAGCAGCAAGGUUAUGGCUCGGCCCCAAGCUAUGGCUCUGCACAAGAUGGCCAAACUACCAACUAUGGAUCUCAAGGGGAUUCAUCUCAAGUUCCACCUGUCCAACCUUCCCAGCAAGGUUAUGGUAGCAGCCAACAGCCUAGCCCAAAUGCUGCUAACUAUCCAACACAAGGUGCUGCUCAACCAGGUUAUGGCGCCCCCCCAACUUCCCAAACAGCUUAUGGAAAUCAAACCCAAGUCCCGUCUGGCUAUGCAGCCCCUCCAUCUCAAAAGCCUAGUAGCACUCCUCCUGCAUAUGGACAAUCACAGUCACCUAGUGCGGCAGCUGGUUAUGGUCAACCAGGGUAUCCUUCUUCCCAGCCCCCACCUUCUGCAUAUUCCCAACCAGAAACAGGUUCUCAAAGGGCACCACCAUCUGGUUAUGGCAGUGCUGUUCAACCAGGAUAUGGUCCUCCUUCGUAUGGUGCUCCAGCAGGUAGUCAAGCUGGUUAUGGUCAGGCACCACCGUCAUACAGCAGCGGUUCUUAUGGUGCUGGUUAUCCUCAGGCCCCAGCAUAUUCUGCAGAUGGUAAUGCAAGUGGGAAUACUCGUGGUGGUAGCUACGAUGGAGCACCUGCACAGGCAGGUCAGCAGGCUAGUGUUGCCAAGUCACCCCAGAGCUGAUAUCAUAGUUUCUUUAUUAAGGAUUUCUGAAUGGAUUUGUUUACUCUAUUUUCUUAUGUAUUAAUGACAUAUCUACCUAGCUUUGCAACGGAUGACAUUGAAUCAUUCCUGUGUUAAAUUAGUUCUAUUUUUAUUUUUAUAAUAUUUGAGUUUGCAUGUA